GAUGCGCCCGUGCCGGCGCGUGACCACCUGUUCCUCCACGCACGACCGCAUCGCGUCACCACGACGACUCCCUCCCUCCUCCAGUCCUCCCCUCCCCUCCCCUCCCCUUCCCUCCCAGGGCGACGAUCUCGACCGCAUCCCACUUGGCUUCCUGUUCUCCACUUCACCCGGAACCUUCUAGAAGGCCCGACCGACCCUGAUUUGGAGAUUUGAAAUCUCUCUGUAGCUUCGGAGCUGCCGCCGGCGAGAUCCCGCCAUGGUGAAGGAAAGCGCCUACUACGACGUCCUCGGGGUCAGCGUCGACGCGUCCCCCGCCGAGAUCAAGAAGGCGUACUACCUCAAGGCGAAGCUGGUGCAUCCGGAUAAGAAUCCUGGGAACCCCGAUGCCGCACAGAAAUUUCAGGAACUUGGGGAGGCUUAUCAAGUCCUAAGUGAUCCUGGGAAAAAGGAGGCUUAUGAUAAGUACGGGAAGGAGGGUAUUCCCCAGGAUAACAUGAUAGAUCCUGCUGCUGUCUUUGGGAUGCUUUUUGGGAGCGACUACUUUGAAGAUUAUGUUGGCCAGCUUGCCCUAGCAUCUAUAGCUUCAGUGGAGAUUGAGGAAAACGCAAACAGUCAAGAGGCAAGAGCAAAGGUUCAAGAAAAGAUAAAGGAGUUACAAAAAGAAAGAGAACAAAAGCUCACUCAGAGCCUUAAGGACCGACUUCAACCGUAUGUAGAUGGGAGAAAGGAUGAAUUUGUGAGCUGGGCGAGUGCAGAAGCACGGCGUUUAUCCCAAGCAGCAUUUGGUGAGGCUAUGCUUCACACUAUUGGGUACAUUUAUGUGCGGCAAGCAGCAAGAGAACUUGGAAAGAGUCGAAUUUACAUGGGUGUACCGUUCAUAGCUGAGUGGGUUAGGGACAAAGGCCACCACAUUAAAUCGCAGGUUAAUGCUGCUUCAGGUGCUAUCUCUCUGAUACAACUCCAAGAAGGAAUGAAAAAGAUGGAGGGAAGUGAGGACAAUGAAGAGCAGCUUAUGAAAAGUUUUGAGGAGAAAAAAGAGGCCAUGCUUGGUUCACUAUGGAAGAUUAAUGUGGUUGAUAUUGAGUCGACACUUUCACAUGUCUGCCAAGCGGUUCUGAAAGAUAACACAGUCUCCAAAGAUGUUCUGAAGUUGAGAGCCAAAGCCUUGAAAAAGCUUGGGACGAUAUUCCAGGGUGCAAAGUCUCUGUACCGUCGUGAAAACAGCCUGCGGGUCGAAACGAGCACAGAUCAGCAAGCAACGCCAUCGCAGUGAAGCCCAUAGACCACCGUUUAACAAGAGAUUUGGUGAUUUGUUGUGGUUUUCACCUCUCUCUUUCUCUCUCCUGUCACAGUUUUCAUUAAUUUUCUGUAGAAAAAUGUGAGUGGUGAACAUCAUGCUGCGGACUGCGGUUUUGAUGCAGCGUUAUAACUUGUAGCAACGUUUUCUUUUGGAAUGAUACUAGCAUUGUACUAGCUGUUUGCUGA